AUGGAUUCAUUUGAAGUUGCCAAUCAAUUUUCAACUAUACUACGAAAUUUAACUCCGCAACAACAACAACUAUCAAAAGCAAUCUAUUUUGCGUUGAAAAAUGCUGAUAAAGAGGAUUACAUUGUACCAACGAUAUUAAAUGUAUUGGAAGAUCCCAAAUUGGAUUUGAAUUCGAGAUCUUUUAUCUUCCAGUUUAUCGACCUCUUGAUGCAAGAGAGCUUUAGUAAUCCAAGAUAUAACAAUGCCUAUAUCCAAAGCUUGAAGAGUAGGUUGCCACAGAUUUUACAGCUGGUGUGUCCGUUGAAUAACUCAUCUAAUUUGAUGAUUGCAUAUACAUGUUUAUGCCAUAUACUGACGAGGUUUAAAGUGGACUGUGAAAAGUACAAGACUGGUUUUCAAACAAGUUCACUAGAUGAACUUGAAAAUCAAUCACUAGACAUCGAUGGCAAUGAAGAUCCAUUGAUUUCUACAUGGAAGAUCUUGUUGCAAAGAUCAAGGGCUAGCAAGAUGGAUUGGAAGAAGCUUCUCACUGAACAUGCAAUCACUGAAGACAAUGUCGAUGAAGAUCAAAUGUUCAAUAUACGAAAGAAAGGCAAUCCAAGUACACAAUACUUGACAAAGAAACAAAUCAUCACAAGAAUCGAGGAUGAUCGGGAAACGCAUAAACGAUUAAAGGAAAAUAAAUGGUGUGUUAAUCGUGACAAGGGUCCAAAAUUCAUCUGCGAGAGCGAGUUUCUCAAUAAUUACUGGAAUAAAUGCCAACCCUUGACAAAGGAAGAGAAUGCCGAGUUUUUGAACAACCUUAAAGAGUUGAAUGAUAUGGUUUUACUGAGUUAUAAAGAUAAACAAGUUUAA